AUGAUGCUAAGUGGGUUAAUAUAUAUCCAAGGACAGAAAAGGAACUACUUUACUGCCAUAGAUCGGAAGUUGAGAGAAAUUCCUUAUUUAUCACGUUAUGUCAUCCUUGAAAAGUUUAAGAAGAAACCAAGAUUUAUGUCUGAAUGUGCAGGUACCCCUAGGAGAGCAUACGGUUACAACGCAUACGACAAAAUUCGGUUUAAGCCUACGUUCAAUCCUUAUGUGAAAUUGAAUAAAGACAAAAGAUAUAGACUUGACAACUGGCAAUCGAGAGAUACUGAAAAAUUUGAUCCGUUGAAAUGUUAUGUAAGGGGAAGUCGAAAAAGUUAUGACAUACCUUUUGCCAUAUUACCUACAAAGGAUGAACUUGGAGCAUUCCAUCCACCAGUACUGUCAGGGAGAUACAAAGCAGACAUUGAAAAGCAGUACUAUAUGCACGACUUGCCAUGGGUAUGGCACAAGAAUUUCUACACAGGGACGAACCAUUUUUGUGAUAACAUGGUUGUUGGGAAAAAAAAGUGGUACAGGAAAGAUCAACAAAAUCAAAAGAUGAUGGAAGCGAUGAAGAAGAUUAACGACUUGGUGCUGGAUUACAGGGAGGAAUGCAAGAAUAAGAAGAGGUACAAUUUCUUAGAAAAGGUGGUAAGCACCCUGGGGGAGGAAAUUGCACACAAGCACAUAAGAAAAAUAAAAAACAUUCAAUUAUGA